AUGUAUAUGCCAAUUACUUCUAACCAAAAUCAAACUAUUAAAAAUAAUGAAGUAGCUGAGGAUAAUUUAAAAGCUUCAAUACCUAAGACUUUAGCCUGCCUAUUCCAAAAAGCGUGUAGAGCAGAGAUAUGUGCUACAAAAGCAAUUCAAAAAGAAAUUUUGUGUUGGUAUUAUUAUGUGAAAAUGUAUAAAGAGAAAGUUGAAGAAAUUAAGAAUGCUCAAAGAGGAGUUAGUGAUCAAUCAGCAAGAAAUCAAGUGUAUGAUAAUAUAAUGGAACAUCUUUCUGAUAGAUUUACUAAGGAUACUUUAUGUAAAAAAACUCAAAAAGCUGUGAAGAUUUUUAAGUUGUUUUAG